UGUGCGUUCAACUCGUAAACACGAUCUAUCCGACAUGACUUGAACGCACCAUAAUGGUACAUACACGAUUUUAGCAACUCGUGUCGGUCAAUGAUUGAGAAACGCCCUUUUUGUUCUGCAGACGUCCUAACACAGGGCGGACCCCCUCCAGUCCACACUCCGACAGACAGCAACAACAACACCAAAGUAAAGCAAAGCAGGGCAGUACGUUCUUAUUAAACAUUGUCGGCAUAAUCACAUCUUUUAGAACAUCCAGUGAAUAUUUUGAACACGCAGCCUACAACAACACUUUACAAACGUAUGCAGUGGAGCUGUCGAACCAACGAAGAGGACAACUGAAUUAGCCUACGCCGAAAGGACAUCGUUAAUAAAACAGUAUCAUCAGUCAUGGAGGGUCUCUCUCGUGCUAACAGUCUCUUCGCUCUGGAUCUCUAUCGAGCUCUGAGCGCGAGCAACGCUGAGGGAAACAAGUUCUUUUCUCCACUGAGCAUCAGUGCAGCGCUCAGCAUGGUCUACUUGGGAGCCCGAGGAGAAACUGCCAAAGAAAUGGCAAAGGUUUUGUCCUUUAGUUCUGUCUCUGAUGUUCACUCUCAUUUUGAGACCCUCACCUCAACUCUCAACAGUCCAUCAGCCUCCUACAUCCUCAAACUAGCAAAUCGCCUCUAUGGAGAGAAAACUUUCAGCUUCUUACCUGAGUAUUUGGACUCCACUCUGAAGCUGUACCACGCUGACCUUCUGGCUGUAGACUUCAUUGGAGCAUCUGACGAGUCACGACAGCUCAUUAACAAAUGGGUGGAAGAGCAGACAGAGAAUAAAAUUAAAGAUCUUCUUAAGCGCGGUGUUGUAAAUGAGCUGACCCGGCUAGCGCUGGUUAAUGCCAUCUACUUCAAAGGGAACUGGAUGCACCCAUUUGAAACAAGAAACACUAAAGAAAUGCCGUUUAAAAUAAACCAGAAUGAGCACCGGCCUGUGCAAAUGAUGUACCAGGAGAAGAAGUUCCCCUUCAGAUACAUCCCAGAGUAUGAACUGCAGGUGCUGGAGUUGCCAUACAUAAAGGAGGAGCUCAGCAUGUUGAUCCUUCUUCCAAAUGAAUCUCAGGAUGGUUCUGACCCGCUUCUUAAGCUGGAGAGCGAGUUGACCCUUGACAAGCUGCUUGACUGGACCGAAAGAGACAAAAUGGCCACAUGGAUGGAUAUCAGAGUCCAUUUGCCAAAGUUCAAGCUGGAGGUUGAGAUUUCCCUAUCAGAAAAUUUGCAAAAGAUGGGUAUGAGCUCUGUGUUCCAGGAAUCAAAGGCUGAUCUGACAGGCAUGAGCAGUAAAGGUGGUCUCUUCAUUUCAGCGGUGGUCCACAAGGCUUUUAUUGAGGUCAAUGAGGAAGGCACUGAGGCAGCAGCAGCCACUGCAUGUUUGGUAAUGCUUUGCUGUAGCAUUCCACCAAAACAUUUCAUAGCAGAUCAUCCCUUCUUGUUCUUCAUCAGGCACAACCCCACUAACAGCAUCCUCUUCCUUGGCAGAUUCAGAGGCCCAUCCUAGAAAUGUGGUGUUUUUUCUGUAACAUCAAAAUGAAGAAAUGUGUUUUUCUUGGAAUGUUUUAUUAAAUAAAUCAGUCACACCACAUGUAUUUGUUUGUCAUCACAAAUGACAUUAUUCCAGAUUACUUCAAAUCGAAUCGACUCUUAACCACACCAACAUUUUGAACAUGGUGUUUGUCUCAGAUGGAAUAGGGGAAAACAUCAUCAAACACUACUUUACCAUUACUUCUACUUGACCCAUAAAGACUGAAUGGUACAAUAUAAACCAAGAUUUGACAACAGUAAAACUAACAUGUAACUGGGUUAAAAAUGCUUAAGUAUAAAUGGCAUGCCUUUCACCAGAAUUGGUUUGUUCUGGUUCAAUUAAUGAUGGUUUUGUGACCUCUGUUGGCGACUUUAAGUAAUUACACACGUGGGUAUGUAUGAAUCCCCACCGUCUCUCCCAACGGAAACAAUUCUUGUAUUACAGGAAUAAA